UCUCCGUAGCGAGUGGUCAUAAAGGAAGCGCACGCUCGUCUGGCGGUCGCUUUAUUUUUCAUUUAUUUAUUUUUCAACAAAAAUUCGCUGAACGAGAUGGAGAUAAACAACAUCGAGCGGGAGAAGAGCGAGAAAGUGAAAAUCUCCAACCAAGUCAAGCACAUCCCGAAAGAUGCGCAAGUGGUGAUGUCGAUAUUGAAGGAGCUCGGCGUGCAGGAUUACGAACCGCGAGUCAUCAACCAGCUGCUGGAGUUUACCUACCGUUACGUGACGUGCAUUCUGGAUGAUGCGAAGAUUUAUGCCAACCAUGCGCGCAAGAAGGUGAUCGAGUUGGACGACGUCAAGCUGGCCACACAAAUGAUACUCGAUAAAGCGUUCACGGGACCACCGCCGCGCGAUGUACUGCUUGAGAUAGCGCGGAAUCGCAACGUUACGCCACUGCCGUUGAUCAAAACGCAUUGCGGACUGCGACUGCCGCCCGACCGUUACUGUCUGUCGGCGUGUAACUACAAGUUGCGGGCGGCCCAACAACCAAAGCGGAUGAACAAGUCCGCCCUGGAGAACCGGUCUUCGCUGAAGGCGAGCAAACUGUCGUCCGGCGCCGGUUCCGAUAGCUCGGGUGGUAGUGUGAAACGUCCCUCGGUACAGUCGACUCCGAAAACGCAGGUCGUCAGCAUUCCCAAGCCGGUGUUUAAGUUGAGCGAAGCGCCCAAAGUCACACCGACCAUGAUGGCCAAACCACCGACCAUCAAGACCACCGUGUCGGCCGCUAGUGCACCGGGCGGUGGUGGAAAUCGAUCCACCAUAUCCGGUAACGGUACGGCGGGUGUGGAAAUCAAAAUGGAAAUAGACGACCAGUAUGGCGAUGGCGGGAGCGGUAAGCGCAAGCGGGAGGAUGAUGAUUUUGAAAUAGUUCCGUAAAUCUGUGGCCUAGCAGGAAGGCUAACAACCGAUCUUUCAAUAAACUGCUAUUCUCUCUUUAUUUUACCAUCCACGUGA